AUGUGUUCAGUGGCACAGCUUACUAUUACAAAGACAAACUUUAUAUCUAAUACUGAUAACGAUCAUAUAUGUCUAUUGUCCGGGGCGGCGGCCAUCGCCGAGGCGGAGUGCCCGCACUGCCACCUACUUUUCUGCGCCCGGUACGCCGUGCUGUGGCACAACGGCUUCGGCUGCGAGGAGUUCCAGAAGCUCGGGAAGGACAAGCGUGGCCGGGAGGACCUCCUUCUCAGGCGUCUCGUCGGCAAGGCGGGGUGGCAGCGGUGCCCCAAGGGCCAGAUGUUCGUGGAGAAACUGGAAGGGUGCAAUUACAUCAAAUGCAGGUGUGGAUACAGCUUCUGCUACCGAUGUGCAUCCGAGUUGUCUGUGCAAAACCAUUGCUGCAACAAGUGCAAGCGCUAG